AUGUUUCAUUCAAUUGUUAUAUUUCUUAUAAAUUUAAUUAUUAUAAUACAAAUUUCAAGUGAAAAUUUAAGUGGAAUAUAUAUAAUUGAUUCAUGUGAAUGUAAUUCACCAAAAGAAAAUUGUGAAUCAAAUGGACCAUUUAUAUUUGAUCAUCAACGAACAACUCUUGCUAUACGACAAGGUACAAUACAAGUUGGUGUUGGUGCAUUAGAUAAUAAUCAUCUUGAUUUAUAUUUUAAUCAUAAUCGUUGUAAAGGUUUAUGGAAUAGUAGAAGUCGACUUGCAGAAUUAACAUGUCAACGUCAAGGUGGAAUUUUUUGUUCAACAAAACUUCGUUGUGUUUCAGGUUCAUGUCGAGAUAUAAAAUCAAUUAAUAUUUCAUCAUCAGCAAUAACAAUAACUAUGUCCGUAGUACUGAUUAUUAGUAGUUUAUUAAUGUUAAUUUAUUAG